AUGUCUGAGCUGACGACAUCGCCACCCCCUUCGUGGGUCUCGGAUCUGUCCUCACCCCCGCCAUCCAAGUCGGGCAAGAGUGGUGCCAUCUCGGACCCUCCCGGCUUUCCGUCACAGGCGGUAGCUAGCAACUCUAAGAAACGAGAUGUAGCGAAAGAGACGAAAGCCCGAAAGCCCCCGACGCCCGAGGAGAUGGACACACUGAAGCUCAAGAAGGCGUGGGAGGUCGCUCUCGCUCCGAUCAAGAAUCUGCCCAUGACAGGUAUCAUGAUGUACAUGUCUGGUAACUCGCUCCAGAUUUUUAGCAUCAUGAUGGUCUUUAUGGCAUUCAAGAAUCCCAUCAUGGGCUUGAUAACUACAAACCAGGCGUUUGAAAAGUUCGAGACGGACAGCAACAAGGCGAAGAUUUUGCAAGUAAAGUUGGCAUAUGUGGCGAUGCAGUUGGUUGCGCUGGCCUUGGGAGUGUGGAAGGUGAAUGGAAUGGGUCUACUACCGUCGAUUACAGAACAACCCGGUCGGAUUGGCUAG